UUCAUUCGGUUCCAUGCUGGAACGAUGUACACCUGCUGCUCGUCUGCUCUGCUCUGCUCGCUAGUGAUCGCAUAUCGUGCACAAAAUCUGUGAUUGUAUUUGUGAGAUUCUGUGUUUAUAAGCAUUGUUUAGUAAUUAUUUUCUGAUUUAAUCAUUUUUAAUACCUACAAAAAAUAUUAUUUAUUAGUACUUGGAGCAGUUGGUAUUAAUUAUAUUGUGUACUUUAAUAUUUAAAGUGACAAUAAUAUUUUAUAUAAAACUCGAUAUAACUAUAUAAUAAUUUCUCGAUAAAACCAGUAAAUAGCAUUAAACUGCCUAAACUAGUCUAACGUCUCUCACUCCAAAGAGAGGCUUUGUGUGGCUGAAAAUCUUGCAGCUAAAUCGUUCAUUUAAAACGAUACAAAUUUUAACAUAACAUCGUACUAUAUAUGUAUGAACUUGUGGAAUAAUAAUAAGAGAUAAUCGUGUAGCAAAAAGUAAUUGAAAUGUCAGCGGAGAAAAUCGAAGAAAUCCCAGUCGGCGAUGAACCCUUCUUGGGUACAUUGGACAUCGCCAUACUGGUGGCCUUAAUCGCAGGUGCCACAUGGUAUUUUAUGCGUAGUCGUAAGAAGGAGGAGGAACCCAUUCGCUCCUAUUCGAUACAACCUACAACUGUCAGCACCACCAUCUCAUCCGACAACUCAUUUAUUAAAAAGCUGAAAGCUUCUGGUCGCAGUUUAGUUGUCUUUUAUGGUUCUCAAACGGGUACUGGUGAGGAAUUCGCCGGUCGUCUGGCAAAAGAAGGCUUACGGUAUCGCAUGAAGGGUAUGGUAGCAGAUCCGGAAGAAUGUGAUAUGGAAGAGCUUUUGCAAUUGAAAGACAUUCCUAAUUCUCUGGCCGUAUUCUGUUUAGCCACAUAUGGCGAAGGUGAUCCAACAGAUAAUGCGAUGGAAUUCUUUGAAUGGCUUUCAAAUGGCGAUGCUGAUUUGAAUGGAUUGAAUUAUGCGGUAUUCGGCCUUGGCAAUAAAACUUAUGAGCAUUAUAACAAAAUGGCAAUCUAUGUGGAUCAACGAUUGGAAGAGCUUGGUGCUACACGUGUCUUUGAGCUUGGCCUUGGCGAUGACGAUGCAAACAUUGAGGACGACUUUAUUACAUGGAAAGAUCGUUUUUGGCCUGCUGUUUGUGAUUUCUUUGGCAUUGAGGGAGGCGGAGAGGAAGUGCUUAUGCGUCAGUAUCGGUUACUGGAGCAACCAAAUGUACAGCCCGAUCGCAUCUACACCGGCGAAAUUGCACGCUUGCACUCUUUGCAAAAUCAACGUCCUCCAUUUGAUGCUAAAAACCCAUUCCUGGCACCCAUUAUUGUGAAUCGUGAAUUACACAAAGGUGGCGACCGUUCAUGUAUGCAUAUCGAGCUAGAUAUUAAUGGCUCAAAAAUGCGUUACGAUGCGGGAGAUCACGUUGCCAUGUACCCUAUUAAUGAUACCGAAUUGGUCGAAAAAUUGGGAAAACUUUGUAAUGCUGAUCUCGAUACGGUAUUUUCGCUCAUUAAUACUGAUACGGAUAGCAGUAAAAAACACCCCUUUCCUUGUCCUACAACUUAUCGCACCGCUUUGAAACAUUACUUGGAAAUUACUGCCAUACCAAGAACACAUAUUCUCAAAGAAUUGGCGGAGUAUUGUACUGACGAUGCCGAUAAAGAGUUCUUAAGAAGCAUGUCUUCAAUUGCACCCGAAGGCAAAGAAAAAUACCAGAGUUGGAUUCAAGAUGCUUGUAGAAAUAUUGUACACAUCUUAGAAGAUAUCAAGUCCUGCAAACCACCUAUAGAUCAUAUUUGUGAGCUCUUGCCUCGUCUGCAGCCGCGCUAUUAUUCUAUAUCAUCGUCUUCCAAAUUGCAUCCAAAUCACGUGCAUGUAACAGCUGUUUUAGUGCAGUACAAAACACCCACUGGACGCAUAAAUAACGGAGUAGCUACCACAUACUUGAAAAAGAAACAGCCCGGUGACGAAGAUGUUCGUGUACCGGUAUUUAUUCGUAAGUCACAAUUCAGGCUACCUACAAAACCAGAAAUACCUAUUAUCAUGGUUGGACCGGGCACUGGAUUGGCACCAUUCCGUGGAUUCAUUCAAGAGCGUCAACAUCUCCGCGAUGAGGGCAAAAAUGUGGGCGAUACGAUUUUAUAUUUCGGUUGUAGAAAGAGAAGUGAAGACUACAUUUAUGAAGAGGAACUUGAAGAAUUUAUCAAGAAGGGCACGUUGACUAUGAAAGCAGCUUUCUCUCGUGAUCAAAGUGAAAAAGUCUAUGUUACACAUUUAAUUGAAAAGGAUGCCGACUUGAUUUGGAAUGUGAUAGGAGAGAACAAGGGUCAUUUUUACAUUUGCGGUGAUGCGAAAAACAUGGCCGUCGAUGUCAGGAACAUUUUAGUGAAGAUACUUGUGUCAAAGGGUAGCAUGAGCGAAGCUGAUGCUGUGCAAUACCUUAAGAAAAUGGAAGCCCAAAAACGCUAUUCCGCCGAUGUUUGGAGCUAGAAAUUUUGACGAAAAACGUAAAAUCUGAUCAAGUCUUUAGUUCUUGUUAAGUAGAUAAAUUAGUGUUAUGGCUGUUAUGGCGAAAAUGUGUGCAUCUUCAAUGCAUGUGAAAGAAUACCAGAAUAGAUAAGUAAAGCAAAGUACAUCAACAAAAACUAAAAACAGUAAUUUAUUGGGAAGGCAUCACAUUCCUCCAUCUGCAACACCAUCGCAGGCAGAAUCCUUUAUUGUGCCACAUGCAGUUAUUAUUAAAAUACUUGACUACAAUGUAGAAAUUGAAGAAAUAACUAAUUAAGCGAACUUUUAUAACGGACUAAUGGUUUUGGAGUCUUUUAAACACGUGAAAAUACCAAGAAAAUAUAAAUAUUUGUAAGAUGA